AGCGGGGGGUGCCGGGGAGCCCCGCGGGUCCCCCGCCCGCGCCCACGUGCGAGCGGGCGGCCCCCGGGGGGGGGGGGGGGGCGGCGCCGCGGGGGUUCCGCGGGGCAUCCGCACCCCGCAGCACCUGGCGGUGCGGCCCCUGCCCCAGCCCCAGCGCGGCGGCGCGCCCGGCGCGCUCCCGCCCACCUCCACAUGCACACACCCGCGGCGGGAGGAGGAGCGGUGUCUUCCUCGCCUCCUUCCUUUCGCCAAUUUAAUUUCCCCUCCCGUCCUCGCCCCUUUUUCUUGAUUUUUUUUUUUUUUAAUUUCAUUUUAUUCUCAUCGCCGUAAAAUUAUUUGUCGGGGUGCUCCGGACGGCUCUCGCCGGUGGACGGUACCCCGGGGGAUCCCCGCGGCUCCAGAAGCUAGGAGCCCAUGCUGAAACUGCCGAAACCGCGUUGAAAUCGACUGGCAAAACCUCUCUGAAAUCUAGGAAUUGCCAUAUUCUGGGAGAGCAGAGACCUUCUGCUGUGGCUCAGUGGAAAUUCACUGACUAAAAUGGUAUUUACUGCUGUGACCUUAAUCCGACCGAAGAAGUUUGAGCGGCCACUCUUGGAAGAAUGGCAGCUUUUUCAUGUUGGAAGUGUUUCACAGCCCUUUUCCAGUUAACUCUCAUAAUAGUUGUGUAAGCUUAUCAGGCUGCUGACACUGUGGCUACAGUUUACUCACAAGAUACCAACCAAACACUAAUAUUUGGAGAAACACUUGGAUACGUACAGUUCCUCACCCAGGAUGCCUUUCAAAGCUGGAUUAGAACUGACUGAACUGCAGAAUAUGACUGUCCCUGAAGAUGAUAACAUCAGCAAUGAUUCAAAUGAUUUCACAGAGGUGGAAAAUGGCCAGAUAAAUAGCAAGUUUAUUUCGGACCGAGAAAGCAGAAGAAGUCUCACAAACAGCCACUUGGAAAAGAAGAAAUGCGAUGAAUAUAUCCCAGGAACUACUUCGCUGGGGAUGUCUGUCUUCAACCUCAGCAAUGCAAUUAUGGGCAGUGGGAUUUUGGGUCUUGCUUUUGCCUUGGCCAACACAGGAAUUCUCCUUUUUCUGCUGCUUUUGGUUUCAGUGACGCUGCUAUCUAUUUAUUCAAUAUAUCUCCUGUUGGUGUGUUCAAAGGAAACAGGCUGCAUGGUGUAUGAAAAACUGGGUGAGCAGGUCUUCAGUACCCCAGGGAAAAUGAUUGUCUUUGGAUCUACAUCUCUCCAGAAUGUUGGAGCAAUGUUGAGCUAUCUCUUCAUAGUCAAAAAUGAGCUGCCUUCUGCCAUAAAGUUUCUAAUGGGAAAAGAAGAAUCUUUUUCGGAAUGGUACGUGGAUGGGCGGUUUCUUGUUGUCACAGUGACGUUUCUUAUAAUCCUCCCUUUAUGUCUCCUUAAGAACUUAGGCUACCUUGGCUAUACCAGUGGAUUUUCAUUAAGCUGCAUGGUAUUUUUCCUGAUAGUGGUUAUUUACAAGAAGUUUCAAAUUCCCUGUGUCGUAUCGGAUCUAAAUGCAACAUCCCCUAACCUAUCAAAUAGCUCAGCACAUGAACAUAUGUGUAAGCCAAAGUAUGUUAUCUUUAAUUCCAAGACCGUUUACGCUUUGCCCACCAUUGCUUUUGCGUUUGUGUGCCACCCGUCAGUCCUCCCAAUUUACAGCGAACUUAAAGACCGUUCACAGAAAAAAAUGCAGUUGGUUUCAAAUAUCUCAUUUUUUGCCAUGUUUCUGAUGUACUUUUUGACUGCCAUAUUUGGCUAUUUGACUUUCUACGACAAUGUGCAGUCAGAUCUGCUUCACAAGUACCAGAGCAAAGAUGACAUCCUUAUCCUGACCGUGCGCUUGGCUGUGAUCGUUGCAGUGAUACUCACGGUGCCAGUGCUGUUUUUCACUGUGCGUUCAUCAUUAUUUGAACUGGCUAGGAAAACAAAAUUUGACUUAUGCCAUCAUGUUUUGGUUACCUUUGUUCUUUUGGUUAUCAUCAACCUGUUAGUCAUUUUUAUCCCAACCAUGAAGGAUAUUUUUGGAGUUGUAGGGGUCACUUCUGCCAAUAUGCUGAUUUUCAUUCUUCCUUCAUCGUUGUAUUUAAAAAUUACACAGCAGGAUGGAUCAAAGUUGACUCAGAGGAUUUGGGCUUCUCUUUUCUUGGCACUGGGGAUAAUGUUUUCCCUAGUGAGCAUUCCCUUGGUCAUCUAUGACUGGGUACAAUCAGGAGGCAGUGCUGAAGGCCACUGAAGUUCACCUCCCUCUGAAAAGAAGACACCCCCGUCUGCUACACACCAAAAUCGCAACCAUCCAUUCUGUUAUCUAAUCCUUCUUUUGUGAGUUUACUCAAAUCAAAUCCAAAUAAUGAUUAUCCAGUAUUGAAAAUACUAUUAUGGGUGUAUUUUCUUGCAGAAAACAGACCCAUUUUUCCAAAAGGCAUAUCACUCUGUCUCCUGAUACUGAGUUAUCAGAUCAGAUCUGUGUUAAUUGUCUGUGAGACUAUAUAGAGCAUUGUUUAUAGAAAUUAAUCACAAUUAAUUUGUUUCCCCUCUUCCACCCAUGAAUUGCAUUGUUCCAUUAAUAUCUUUAACCCUUCAACCAUAAGCUCUGCUCCUUUAGGGCAGCGGUGCCUCUUGUUAUCAAUCCCAGCUGGAGUGAUGUCAGUUCACACCCUUCCUCCCUGCCUUUUAGCCAAAAUUCUGCCCUCCAAUUGUACGCAUCCAGUUUGUUUGUUUUUUCUGUUGCUGUUUUGUGCACCAUUUGCCUCAUUGGGUUAAGUCUAACAUUCUGGAUACAGGCACAGAAGGCACCAUGGGAGUGUAAAUGAGCAUUGUAUAAGUGUAGGUCCUAAAUCUGUUGCUUCUCUCUGAUGUUCUGGUAGGGGCUUGGCCGUUUUGUGGCUUGGGGGAACAGACCUGUGUGUCUUUGUGAUAGGGUGCAGGGAGCAGAAGAAAGACAGCUGCCACCACCAGCCACCAUUCCCCUGGCACACUUUAACUGGAGCCUGACCAGAACUAGACUUGACCCCAAACCUUGAGUACUGGAGCCUGAACAGAGGCAGAUGUUCAGAGAUAUCCACAGGAUAUUCCUUGGCAUUAACUGUUUACUAAUGCCCCACUUCUCUCAGAAAAAAAAAUGGCAAGCUCCAGUUUUAUGAAAACCUACACAUUUAAUCAUACCUCACGCCUUUUGCAUUCUGGGAUUCAUUUGUACAUACCUUGCAGGGACUGACUCCUCUCUUUUGUCUUACCCUCCUCCCACUGAAGUCAGCAGAGUUUUUGACAGCAGCGGGAGCAGGAUUUGACUCACCCUGCCAAACUACUGGAUUGCUAACGGAAAUUGAAAUCUGCAAUAUUCUGUUAAACAAACAGAAACACUUUUUAUAUUUAAAACAUUUCAUUUACAUUUCUCAUCCAUUCUCCGUAUCAGUUAAAGACGUUCAAUUACUACUAGCAGAAACACUGUAAUUUGCAUCUGUUGUCCACAAAAUAAGCAUUUGCCUAAUGCCUUAUAGCUGGUGUAGAGAACUACUUGUAGAGACUCAAAUACUAAGCAGGUGAUUGUUAACCAUCCUGAGCAGACAUCUUUUAUUAGUGCACUGCCAGCAGCAUAAACAUGUCCGCUUUGUGUCAUUCACCACGUAAGCUAAAAAGUGUCUCAAUAUAUGAACCCAGAUCCCACUGAAAAAAACGAUGGCUAAAGGGAGCCCUGCUUCACGCCCAAGGGCUGAACGUUGCCCUGGGUGUGCUCGAGCCGUACCUGUCAGUAUGCGGUGACCCUCUUGUUCCCAGUAGCUGGUUCAUUGCCGACUCCUGUUGUAAGUGUGGAAGGAGACUGUCAUCAGCUGUGGGGAACCUGCCAUUGCAGUUUGCUCUUUUUAAGCUUAGGGGUGGAGAAUUCAGGAUCUUGGGAUUUCUGUGAGCUAUUGAAUUGCCUCCGUUGCCAUUGCCUUGUCCUACAAGGCUAGAAGUCACUGAGAGUUGAGACCACAGAGCGCUUCUCAGGACCUUGAAAGCUGGUUUCUAAGGGUAAUAUCCAGAGAGGUUAGUUUGGGACCUUCCUUGGAAACUGGGCAUCAAGAUGCAGAGCGUUCACGCUGCAGAAACUACACCUACUAAAUCCAGAUUUCUAGACCUGUAUCUCAGCCUAGGCAGUGAGGUACCUGGCUCUGCCAAAUCUCCACUGUGAUCCAGAAAUAAGGCAGAGUAGACUCCAUAGGCUGCCCAAGUCCUUGGAGUAGCCUAGCAGCGAGAACAAAAUUGGAAGCCUCCUCCCUCCAGACAAAGUGACCUGCUAGAGUGCAGAGUGGGGUUCCCUUAGUCUGUCCUCCUCCUGGCCCUUCAGACUUUUACUCCUUGCAGCACAGGCCCCCAGCAAGGUCUCCGGUGUAGCGUCCUGUCUCCCAAACAGCAUUUAACACAUGAACUGCUGAGCUACCUGUGAUCCCUGGGCUGAGGUACCUCAUGCUUUCUGGCGGCUGGUCUCAAACCCUUGCCUGUGAUGGUGCAGGUCACCAUUUUUCUCUGCAACAUCUCUUUAUGGGACUCAUCCCUGCCCUGAUUCACAGAGAGGAAGUCCGUACCAUAGCCUACAAGCCCAGGUGUUAGUCAAGCUCUGGACAGAAAAACCCAUGCUUCGAUCCUAUCUCCUCACAGCUCAUUCCAGGCAUCUUCCCAGCUGGGGUGUAAGUUUGUGGUUCCCCUUUCACAGGCACCCAGUUGUCCCUGGUCACUGCAGCAGGAGCCCAGCAUCUUACUCUGUUUUCUGAGUCAGCUUGCUGGGGUCACAUUUCAGGUUCUGAGGUGCCUUAUAAUCUCUCUGGAUCUCAUCCCAAAAAACCUAACUCAGACCUGAGAAUGCUGCACAGUGUUAUUCUCAAGAUGCUCCAGGGCUCUCCUGCUUUCCUUCCCGCUUUAUCCUUCUACUACUGAUUUAUGAGCAGAGCAGCUCUGUGCAUCAGGGGAUUCACAGAGAGGAGAUCCUGGGAGAAACUUUCAAAUACCCAGGUAGGAGCUAGAGUUCUGAUCUGCUGCACAGGGUCCCCACAAGGUUACAACUGCGACAUCUCCCUCCCACUCCCCCAAAUAGCCUGUAGUCUAAUGUUUAAAAUACCAGCCACUGAGUUUUGGCACCGAGCUUCCUUCGACUUGAAGGACUGUUGGGUGAUUGAUUGCUCCUUGCAUCUUCCUAAAUCUCCUCCAUCACUGUCCCUCUCUCUCCUCUUUGCUAUUCUGCCUCCUUCUUUUCCCCAGUUUAUUUGUAUACUAGAGUUUUACUGGAUAAAUAGGGAGAAGAAUGAGCUGGGUGUGUGCAUGGAGUGAAAUUACUCCAUGGUACUACAUGGAAAUUACUCGGAGGUACUGGACCAUCAAAGCAUAUCUUAGCUACUGAAAAAUAGAUACCCAAAAUAUUGAGUCUUUAAACAGACUUUGUUUCUGUGUCUCUGGAGGAAAAAAAAGGGGGGGGGGGCAGAAUUCUGCUUAGAUUGAUGUACUGGCAUCAUAUUUAUAGAUAUUUAUGGAAAAGAAUCAUGUGUUUAUUGAUGUCUGUGGUAAUGAACGUGAAAUAACGUUCUUUUUGUUUUCUCAUCAGGUUUAUACAUUCUUAACAGAAUGCAAUAGACCCUGCUGUAACUGUCAACAUCAGUGAUGGAUGACAAUAUUUGUAUGAGGUUAUCUGUAAAAUGUACUGCUGUUAUUCAGUUCAUUUGAAAUAGUGAACUUGUAGCCAACGAUGUACAAGUCCCACAUUUAGUUAGGAUUUUAAGAGCACAGUGAAAUGCUGUAGGAGUUUAUUGUUAAAUUAAUAGGAUCCAGAGAACCGUAUCUACUUAGUAGGUGGUAGCAUGCUUUCUUUUCAUAGAGAGUUUAUCACUAUUGUGAGAACUGCAAAUGUCAUAGUCUGGAUGCAAAAUUGCUCUUAAUAACUACUACAAUAAUUACAUUUGCGUAAUAGCAACAAUAGAGUGGUGAGGGACAAGGAAGGACUGAUUAGAAGCAGGGGCUCCUAAUAAGAUUGUACAAGUUAAUCCUAUACUUAAAAGAUGGCCUUGCUGCCUCUCCUAGUCCACAGCACAUUGCAAAGAAAAUAGUCAUGAGCUUAAAGCACCCUUACGGUUGCAGAACACAGCUGCCCUUCUCUGCCUGAUGGCAAACACAUCUAGUAAAUGCAACACAGUAAAUUGUUAUUUGGGAACAGUACCUCGGGAGCAGUGACCUCUCUGGGUGAUGCUUGCUUCUGGCCAGAGGGCCAAUGACAAAUCGGUGCACCAGCACAGACCUCCUGUAGGGCUGACAAAGAUCAAGUGGUGCCCGGCCCACGUGCAGGCCCAGGCAGAACAGCCGGUCUCAUCCUGCGAGUUCAGGGAUGGGGAUGCCCAUCCGCUCCCGAGGGCUGCUUUCCUGAGCCACACGCUGGCCCAUAGCUUGGGCUCCGCUUGCAAUAGGUCACACGUGCAAAUGCAGAUUGGGUGAUAUAUGGAUUGUGACUGUACAUCUGCCUUACAAUGCACAAGCACCACAGAUCUCUCUGACAUUAACUGUAACAAUUAAUAGUAUAUCUAGCUUAUCUUUAAGCUAAUACAUUUCUUUGCUUGAACCUUACAUUAAGGCUAAAGAGCAUCUUGGUCAAAACAAAACUCUUUCCGUGUGGUGGUGUCCCACCUCCAGUCCUGCAGUCCCACCCCAGUGCCUGUAGGAGAAAGGCACAGCAGAAUGUACUCAGCUCCAUCAGCAGCUCCAUGAGUCGGCUUUAGCGCCUGGCGUCAGGGUGCUUUCUUAAACAAUUCCCUGAUGCCACUGGCAUCAGGAAAAUCCUUAUUUCCUAUAACUUACACAAAGAAUGUUUUAUUUGUAUUUAAUGUAAGGAUUUCUGUAGCAAACUGUGAAAAAUAAAAAGAUAAUGAAUUAAUAAAAAGUACAGGGCUGGGAAGGUCUAGAAUUCAAAUUGUACACAUGCCUACGUUUCUGAAGACAAAACUAUGCAGUUGUGUUGUAUUGUAGGAAAUUUCAUUUUUAAUGUACAUAUAUUGUAAAUAAAUAGGAUGCUGUAUAUUUUUGCAGUUGUUUAUCCCCUAUGAUAUAGAACUGUUGAGAUAGACUCUGCAUAUUAAGAAUAAUUUUAAUAGAAAUACAAAUAAUUUCGCUUCUGAAUUAGCAAAAUGUAUAUCCUUUCCUUUCUCCCAAGAGGUCACAAGUUAAAUCCUAAACUGGAAAUUAUAAUUAUAUAGCUAAUGUAACAAGAGAAAAAUAAAUAAAAGAUCCAAUGAAAUUACUAGGAUUAAUUCCAGCACAAUUCCCUGUUUUCUCAACAGCAAGUUAGCCAGUCUUCCUGCUGGGUAAAAUAUGUCCCUUGUAAAGGGCCCCUUGGGUACUCAGGUACCUCUUACCUCCCCAGCUGAGGUCAGGUGGUAGUACAGUGCUGAAAAGGCAUUUUACAGAAACCAGAGCAAACUGCAGCCAGCAAUUUGACCCAGCAUUAUGCCAUGUUGUUUCCGGGCAUGUGUUUACCCAACUAGUACAAACAGAAGUCAGGGCAGGACUUCUGCAUUUCCAUUUUCAGCCACCAGAAAUGCCUGUAGUUCAGAAAAAAAAGUGCUGCAAGCCAGGAGUGGGCAGCAACCGGAGCAAUGCAUGCCGUUCCUGGCCCGCUCCCUUCCUGCAGAGUCCUGCGGCUGCUUCUCUGCCGCAGACCCAGGCAUGCUGCUAUCGUGCAACCAAAACACUAGCACCUGAGGCUGAUGAGAACAUCCCCAGCCGGGGGCUGCUUGCACAUCCCACCCCAUGAGCUGGCAGAGGCCAGUAUUUUGGUCGUGGGAUAACUGUGUGUCCAGGGAUGAGGAUGAUGGGAGGGGAGGGUUGUGUAUGUCCUAAGAGUGCCUCCGUCAAGAGCCUUGUGUAGACUUUCUCCCUGGUAAAGCACGGAAACAUGUUUUUUUGAGGAUUGCUGAAAAACAGAGGUUGAGAAAUGCAUCUAAAAAUAAUGGGGGUUUUUCUCCAUGUUUACUUUAUGGUCUUGGAUGAAAAUGAAGCUUGAAAUACUGUUUGCUUUCACUGUGAGCACAAAUUUGAGGAAAAAACCUAUAUGCAGUCACUUCUACAGAGUUUUUCAAAUUAAUACAAGUGUAUGUUUUCUUUUCAGUGUUAUAGCCAACAAAAUAUAAACUGUAAAGGUAUUUUUCCACAAGACUUGAACUUUAACUUGUUUAUAGAAGCCUGUUUUUAGUGUCCCAAGGUAUGUUCAGGGUCACCUAGAUCCAAUAUAAAUAAUGCUGUUUGAAUGAUGUAAGCUUGAUACGAGCUUGUCUCUAAUAGAUUGUUGAAGUGAGUCAUUGAUAAUAUUUUGCUCCUCCUAACAUCACCAUACUUUGUGCUGCUCAUAUCCAAAUAAACGAUGCAGUUUUUCGAGUUUUGUGUGUAAAUAAAAAAAAAAUUUAAAAAAUGUAUUAAGUUCUAUAAUCUGUUACCUCUGUAGUUUUGAAACAUUAAAAUUGUAAUCUAAACUGA